AUGUUAGACACGAUGAGACUUGCUUCUGGAACAAUGAAAUUAGCUGUGAUGUUCUUCAUUUUAUCAGUACAUAAUACAGUGAGUGGAUUGAUAGUGAAUGGUACUGAAGAUCGAGUUGUUUUAGUGUCACCAGUAUUGGCAGCACCCAAAGAUUCCAGAGCGAGAGGCGCGGAUACAGAAACUGCAAAAGAUUUCCCUAUACUAAUGCUGCUGGCUACUGGUGAUAAUAUAACUAAAGAAGAGGAACCUAAAGGUGAUCCUCAGCCUAUUUAUGUACAAAAACUGGAAGAUCAAAAGAUUCAACAAAAUCGGCGUAGAAGAUUCUCGAAAAUGCUAAUAAAUCUUACUUAUUAA